GUUAUCAGUCACACACUGCUAUAUCUUCUUAACAAUAGCCAUCACUACUUUCUUGAUUUUUGUCACCAAAACAACAUCCCCACAAAACUCUCUCCACCAUUUUCUUGCAAAACUAAACAUGGGUUCUCUCUCUUUUCUCUCCCCCAUUUUUCUCUUCAUCUUAAUCCUAGCAUACCCACAACAAAGAGUUUUUUCUGAACCCAUUGUUACUAAAACUCCUUUAUCUUUACUAAUGAGUAUUAAAGCUUCUUUAGACCCAAAAAAUCUCAUUCUUUCAUCAUGGUCAGCUAAUGCUACUGACCCAUGCAGUGGUUCUUUUGAAGGUAUAGCUUGUAAUGAGCUUGGUCAAGUUGUUAACAUUUCUUUGCAAGGCAAAGAUCUUAGUGGGAAAAUACCACCUGAGAUUGGUCAGCUUCAAAGCUUGUCUGGGUUGUACUUGCACUUCAACAAGCUACAUGGGGUUGUACCUAAAGAAAUUGCUAACUUGACUCAGCUCUCAGAUUUGUAUCUCAAUGUGAAUAAUCUCUCUGGUGUUAUUCCUACUGAGGUUGGAAAUAUGUCCAAUCUUCAAGUGUUGCAACUAUGCUAUAACCAGUUGACUGGAAGCGUACCCAAUCAAAUCGGGGCUCUGAAGAAGCUCAGUGUUCUUGCUUUGCAAGUCAAUCAGUUAGCUGGAGCAAUUCCUGCAAGCUUGGGUGACUUGGAGAUGUUAACCAGACUUGACUUGAGCUUCAAUAAUUUCUUCGGGUCGAUUCCAGUAAAACUGGCUAAUGCUCCUAAGCUAGAAGUUCUUGAUAUCAGAAAUAAUACCCUCUCUGGCAAUGUCCCUCUAGCCUUAAAGAGACUGAAUGAAGGAUUUCAGUACGCGAACAACCCGGAUUUAUGUGGAAUUGAAUUUUCUUCAUUGAAACUUUGCACUCUUUCUGGUCUAAACCAAAAUAGACCACAACCAUUUCAGCCUGGUUCAAAUAGUCUCCCGACAAAAGACAUCCCAGAGUCUGCAAAUGUGCAAGCAAAACAAAUGAGUCAGUCUAGAAAAUCACAAACUGCUGUGGUUGUUGGUGUUAUUGCACUUUUUGUUGCAGUAGCAGUAACUGGGCUUUUCACAUUCUCAUGGUACCGCCGUAGGAAACAGAAAAUUGGAGGUACUCUUGAUUCUUCUGAUAGGCGACUCAGUACUGAUGAGGUGAAGGAGGUCUCUAGAAGAAGCGCGUCACCCCUAAUCAGCUUGGAGUAUUCCAAUGGCUGGGAUCCUUUGGGCAAAGGUCGAGGUGGAAGUGCUUUCUCUCAGGAAGUAUUUGAGAGCUUGAUGUUCAAUUUGGAUGAAGUUGAGUCUGCUACACAGUAUUUUUCAGAGGCAAAUUUGUUAGGCAAGAGUAAUUUCACAGCCGUUUAUAAAGGGACACUGAGGGAUGGGUCUUCUGUUGCUAUUAAGUGCAUUUCAAAGACUAGCUGCAAGUCUGAUGAAACUGAAUUUCUCAAGGGACUAAAGCUCUUAACUUCAUUGAAACAUGAAAAUCUUCUGAGGUUGAGAGGCUUUUGCUGUUCAAAAGGUAGGGGAGAGUGCUUUCUGAUCUACGAUUUCGUCCCCAAUGGAAAUUUGUUGCAGUACCUUGACGUGAAGGAUGGAAAAGGAAAGGUCCUCGAUUGGUCUACCAGACUUCACAUAAUCAAAGGCGUUGCCAGAGGUAUCCAGUAUUUGCAUGGAAACAAGGGAAACAAACCUGCUCUAGCCCAUAGAAAUAUAUCAGCUGAAAAAGUACUCAUUGAUCAGCGCUACAACCCAUUGCUCUCAGAUUCUGGUCUGCCCAAACUACUAGCAGAUGACAUUGUGUUCUCUACACUCAAGGAAAGUGCUGCAAUGGGCUACCUAGCUCCAGAGUAUACAACCACUGGCAGGUUUACUGAAAAGAGUGAUCUUUACGCGUUUGGUGUGAUUAUAUUUCAGAUUCUCUCUGGAAAGCGCAGAAUCACCCAAUCGAACCAUCAAGGGGCAGAGUUGUGCAGAUACGAAGACUUCAUUGAUCCAAAACUUGGGGGCAACUUUGUAGAAGCUGAGGCAGUCCAGAUGGCAAAGGUUGCUUUACUUUGCACUCACGAGUCACCAAAUCAGAGGCCAAACAUUGAAAUUGUCAUGCAAGAACUGAAUGAUCUAAUCUCCAGCACGUCGUGAAUGCUAGAGCAACGCCAAAAUUCUCAAAUGACCAUUAGGAGCCUGAUACUAACUGCUUAUUGAUGCACAUCAGUGUUGAUUGCCUGUUCCAUAUAGGUUAGUACUAAUGCACCUGGACAGGGAUAACCUCAGGACAUCAGUUCUCUUGUAUUUUGUAACUUAACCAUGAUUCUAAGCAAGUUUUCUCUACUUGCAAACUUAGUGUAUCUGAACUGCUAUCUCUAUUUAUCAUUAACUGCUGGCAAUCAGAACUGACCUCUUUGUUAUA